AUGAUCAAAUUAGAAGAAUCAACUGUGAAUUUCCAAGGAGUUCCUGUAAUUUUUAAAGACUUAUUUGGAAAUAGUACAGAUUCAUGCAAGAACUUGACAUCAGAUGAUCUUGGUACAAUGCUGAAUAUUUAUGAUUCCAAAAAGUUAAUGGAUGAAAACGUCUAUAAAGAUUUAAGCGAUAAAAACAUAAUCCAAAAUGACCAUGAACCAUCCAAAACUGCAAAAAUCUUAGACAAAUAUAAAAAUACAACUGUUCGUCAGCCAUCACUAAACGUAAGCACAAAGGUAGAACUUAAGGCCCCGUUCUUCAUUGGCAGAAGAGUUUAUCAAAGACUUAAAGGACAUAAUAGAAAUGUAUUUACUUUUAGUGAACUUACAAGGGCCAAAAUUAUGUUAUUAUCUGAUUCAGCUGGAAAUGGAAAAUCCACGACUUUUAGACGUGCUGCAUGGAAAUUGAAGAGAACCUUGCCACUCCAUUGGAUCAGUUAUGUUGAUUUGAAGGAACAUGUUGAAGCGCUGAUUGAAGUUAACUUAAAUAACACAAAUGCAUCUGCUAUAAUUGACUUUUUAAUCGACUACAUAAUGCAGUUGAAAUCAGAAGUGGAUCGAGAAAUUUUCAAUCAAAAGUUUUUAGCUGACAAUGUUAUAAUCCUUUGGGAUGGAGUUGAUGAAAUCAGUCCAAUCUGCACAGAAAAAAUCUUGGGUUUGAUUGACAAAAUCUCAAAAUUAACCAAUAACAGCCAGUGGAUCUCAACGAGAGUUCAUCUUGAAAGCAUAAUAGCAAAAAGGUUCAAUGUUUAUCCUUACGGACUUUACUACUACAAUGAGGCGGAGAAACUGAAUUUCAUUCGGAAAUCCCUAGACAUUCAUAAAAUAGUAAAUGAAACAGCUUUAAUUAUUGAAGAUCGAAUCAAUUCAACGAUUUUGAGGCUUGAAAGUCCAGGAAUAUCAAGAAAUAUUCAAAAUAAAGAAAUAAAAACACCACUGAUGAUCAAAAUGAUCUGUGAUUAUCAGCUAGACAUUUUUAAAGAAGAAGAUCGAAAUAAGACCAUCAGUUCCUCCUCAAAUAUUUUGAAUAUUUACAGAAUUUAUGCAUAUUUGGUCAAAAAGCAUUUUGACAUUGCAUAUGACAAUAAAAGUCAGAUCGUCAAGGAGGAUGUGGAAAAGAUUCAAGAAGAUCAAAUUUUCAUUGAUUUAUUCACAAAACUUGAACUCUGUGACAUGAUAAUGGAAUUGAUUGAAAGCCUGCAAAUUUUUGCAAUCAACUUUGAAGAGCAUGGAAAAAAUGAAAGUUUGGUGUCAACAAAAAGAAAAGACUUUUUGGAGUUUAUAUUUGAAGGAGAACCGAAAAGAUUAGAAUAUAUUUACAGUAGAAUUAUUGACAUUUAUAUUAGAUGA